AUGUCAUAUCUGUCGUUCAUCAGACCAAGCGAAAUGAUUUUCGUCCCAUUAGGCCGUAUGGCAUUGUUCUCCAUGUGGGCGCAUUUGCACGACUGCCUGCGAGGCAUGCAGGUGUAUGGACCUUCAGUAACCUUUCUACAUAUCGUGGCAGAGCACAACAUGACUGAGUGGUUGGCUUGGGCGAUCGCAAGUGGCAAAGAUUACCUGGUGAAGACCGCAAACGACGAAUCGAUCCUACACUGGGCGGUGUUCUACGAGAACAAGGAGAGCGUAAAAAUCAUUUGUCAAAAGGAGGCCAUAGGCGAAGUGGAAACCCGAGCCCGUUCUGCCCUCACCCAGAAAGACAUGAAGCUGUUGUCGCUUAUAGACCACCCGAUCUGCGUGGCAUCAGCCCUCUGGAAUUAG